UACUUCGAUAAUUUCAGUUUGCAUGGCCUGUCAACCAGGUAUGUAUUCAAGUCGGCACAGCCCAUAUGACGCGUGCCUACCGUGCAGCAUUUGUACCGCACACUGUACCAUCGUACGCGUCUGCACUUCGUCACGGUAUCGUGUUUGCAGCAGUAUUUUUAAAUCAAGGGGAAGCCAUGGUCGUGUACAGAUUGAUUUGUUUUGCCUUGAUUUUCCAAGUAGUGUAUUCCGACUGUGAACAUGGUUCAUAUAUAUCCCGUAUAUCCAAUACUCCGAAAUGUUGUGUAAAUUGCAAAACUUGGGUUUGGUAUUAUACGUACGAGGAGGAUAGAUGCUAUGAGUUUCCGAAUGUGUGCAAAAGUGAUAGUGGACUUCUUGACAACCGAGCUGCUUACGAUUCUGCUAUAGAUGUGCUUUCAGAUUUUUCUACAGCAAGCAUCCAGUGUCCUAGCCAAGUUAUUGUUUACAGUGAUAAAGGCAUGAAUUCUACAUCCGUUCUGUAUAAUAUCACUAGCAAAGGCGACAUCAAAGACGAAUCAUGUACCCACUCAUCAGGGACAAUCAUGCAGAUUGGAAUACACCUUGUCAUCUGCACAGCUAGAGAUGGCUUCACGCAGAAAAUACUUCACUGCAAUUUUAAUGUUUCUGUUAUUGACAAUGAAGAUCCGAAUAUUGAAUGUCCAAAUGUCACUCUGUCAACUAUUCCUGGUAAAAAUUAUACCAAUGUCACCUAUGAACCUUUUGUUUGGGAUAAUUCAGGAGAGACACUAGAGCCAAAUUGUAAUCUAACACAAGGCUCUGGACUCUUAAUUGGACUUCACCCUGUGAGCUGUGAUGUCAGUGACAGGUCGUGGAAUAACAACAGCUGUUCUGGCAGUGUUUUUGUCCAAGACAAUGAGAGUCCUAAACUUGAAUGUCCAAAUGUUAAUGUGUCAACUAUUCCUGGUAAAAAUUAUACCAAUGUCACCUAUGAACCUGUUGUUUGGGAUAAUUCAGGAGAAACACUAGAGCCUAAGUGUAGCCUGGCACAAGGCUCUACACUGUCAAUUGGGUCGCACUCCGUGAUCUGUGAUGUCAAUGACAGGUCACAGAAUAACAACAGCUGUUCUGGCAGUGUUUUUGUCCAAGACAAUGAGAUUCCAGAUCUUGAAUGUCCAAAUGUUACUGUGUCAGCUAUUCCUGGGAAACAUUAUGUCAAUGUCACCUAUAAAAAUGUAGUUCGAGAUAAUUCAGGAGAGAUAUUGGAGCCUGAGUGUAGUCCGGCUCAAGGGUCUAGACUUGAAAAUGGUCCUCACCUCGUGACCUGUCAAGUCAGUGACAGGUCGUUGAAUGUCAACAAUUGUUCCUUCAGUGUUCUUGUUCAAGAAAAUAGUGGAGGUAAAAGUAAAAGUGAAAAUAAUAGGAGAGAUAUUGCUUUAGGUAUUCUGGUACCUGCCACUGUGUUUGUCACUGUGCUUGUCAUUGCUUUUAUAUGUUAUAACUGUCGCACUAAACACAAUAAGAAGAGUCAACAAAAGCUUGCAGCUUCAUAUCACUCUUCUACUGACACGUGUCUUAUAAACAUGGACAAAGAUUUGAUUAAAAAUAAAGGAGCUACCUUUGCUGAUUUUAGCUUCGCUGAUUUAUUAUCGAAAAAAGAUGACUUAACAAAAGUAGACAUUUCCUGGAAAGAUAAGAAUGGGCAUACUACAAAGACAAUUGAGAAAGGAGAUUUUAGUGAGAUCAUGAUAGUCACUGACUUGACUCCGAAUGAAGUAGUUAUAUUUAAACUUACAUACCAUUCAAAUGAUGGCACCCAGGAACAAGAUAGUUUACAGUUAAAAACACAUAGAAAUCUCAGUGAGAUAUUUGGUAAAUGUGAAUUUGUUGAUAUUACUUACAACUCAGUGAGAGUAAAGCUUCAGUACGCAAAAGAACACCUGACCUGCAAUAAUGUGUGGCUAGUUCUCAAAGGAGUUAAAUGUAAUGAACCGGACAAACCCUGCAGUAAAUACAAUACUGGUGACCACUAUUCUGAACAGAAGAUAGAUGCCAGUAGUGGGAUUACAGAGAACACCUUUAAUGACCUGAUACCAGGACACCAAUAUCAGGUUUUUGUGGAGUUUAGAACACAAAAACUACUAGUUACAGUAAAGGACCCAUAUGAUCUUGGCCGUGUUGAAACAAAAAUUGUUUCCAUAAAAGAUUCAGAAGAUGGAUCGAGUAAGGUAACUGUUGUCUUCAACGAGUUGGAACCUGAUUGUAAACUAAUAGCGGUUAUGUGCUGUGGCACAUCAACAACCACUGACAAUUGCAUAUUAACAAUUGAAAACUUGCAACAGUCUACAUCAUAUACAUUGACAUAUGGUGCAAUUUGCAACGGAAAGCCUUUUUAUCAUGGACAGCGCACUAUAUUUACAACAUCUGAAGAAACUAAACAGCGUCCAGGUAAAUGUGAAGAAAACAUAUUAGACGUAUUUGACAGAUGUUCAGAUGAUGCGGAUACCUUGAUAACAGGAAUGAGGAAAAUAGAAUUGUUUGUAGAGCGAUUGGCUAAAGCCCUGAAGUUCGAUAAAUCAGUUGCUGAUCUAAAACAUGACUCAAGAUUAUACAAUUACAAGACUAUAUUUCAAGGCUUGAUCCAAAACAGGAGAACAUAUUGUUUAGAUAUGAAUGUUGACAAGUUUUUGGAACUGUUUAUAGCGGAGAAUCAGCAGCAGAAUGGGUAUGUGAUGGGCGAUGAGUCUGAGCCUCUCCUCACAGCAGACAAGGAAAAUCUUAAUAGAUUUUACCAACUUAUUGAAAAAACACAUAAGUGUGAUUAUUGUCAACAAUUGUACUUCCAUUCAAAGAUACAUGAUGAUACUUACAUUGAAAAUCAAUUAAAAUGUCAUCAAGAAUCAAUGUAAUUAUGUAUCAAUUAUGGAUUUGUAAUAUUUUGUAUUAUAUUAAUGUGUUAAUUGCUAUAAAUAUGAAAAAUAUUUUAACAAAUUUGUUUUCAUUUUAAUUGUAGAUAUUAACCAAUACAUUUGUUACCCAGUCAGCAGCAGGCUGACUGGGUUCAGUUUCUGAGCAUUUUCUUACCCAGUCAGCAGCAGGCUGACUCGGUUCUUUCUGAGCAGUUUCUUCUUUCUUUCUGGCAACAUUUUAAAAGGCUACUUUGUGGCAAACUACUGGACCGAUUUUAUUAAAAGUUGGUCAAUAGGACCGGUGCCACCUCCCAUUUAUAGGGUGUUCACAACAUAGUUACCAAUCUGAGAAAUUUGAAAUGUGUGAGUGACUAUACCAGUUGGCUUGGGGGAUCCAAGCAGCAGGGGAAUAACCCCCCCCCCCCUCCAUAACAUAGCACAGUCUUGUCCUGGCUACAUUAGGACAUUGUAAAUAUGUUCUAAUAUGCUCUUAAUGUCAAUCAAGGUCAAAGGUCAAAAUUCACAAGGGUCAUUAAGGUGAAAAUUAUCAUAGUGACAAAAAAAUUGGACCGAUUGCAUUAGACUCCUAAGAAAUGGGUAUUCACAGUUUGAGGUCAGAGGUCACAGGGGUCAUCUGGGUCAAAUCCUGAAAAAUGACUGGGUUCAUGUUCUAUUGAACAUAGUAUCUCUAGUUUCUAUUUAUUUUGUACAUACAUUUUUUAUAUUAUAUCAUUAUUUAAUAUUAUUAAUGGCAUUAAUAUGAUUAUUAUAUGAUAAAUGCAGUUAACAUUGUCCUAAGUAGUGUGCUAUUGUAGAAUUUGUAUUUGCCUUAGUGUAAAAGUACUACAGUACAUUAUUAUAUAAUAAUAUAUGCAGUUGAUAAUAUAUUAAUAUGAUUUUAAUGUUUAUAGUAAUAAUAAUGAUACAUCAAUUUUCUUUUAAAAUGUCUGUGUUUGUCAUUCUACCUUUGGUAAUAAAAGUAUUAGUAUAUA